GCUGGAGCUUGUAACAAGUCUCUGGUACGCCUAUCCUACCAGGUAUGCCCUCAUUGACUCGUGGAGACGAACGGAAGGAGCGGGGUAGCUUGAGUGGUUCGCCCCAGAGAGGUUACUCUACUUGUACUAUUACUGUAGCCUCAGGGCUCAUCCUUGAAGCCCAGAGCUCCACCAACUGAGCCGCGGCGCCGUGGCUCAAUUCGUGGCUUUGUUUGUACGUACCGUGGCUGGUACCUACCUAGGUAGGUACAUGGAGCGCUCGGUCACCUUGCAACGCAAGGGGUCUAUUCUGAGCACUGAGACCCAGGGCGAUUUUAUCCCUCGCGGGUACCCCUAACCCUGCAACAGGGGAUUGAAUGAAUUCCUUGGUGACCCACUAAAGUUCCCAGUGGCGACGACAUCGUGCAGCAAAAUAUUGAGCUAUCAACGCUCCUGCGCUCAACCAUCCAAUCCCGAAAACAGCCAACCACCACCACAUCCUUCCCACAAUGGCAUCCCGUGCAACAUUUGGGAGCCCUGCGCGGCUAGUAAGAACGUCGUCACUCAUUUCAAAUUUGUUCACCACCGGCCAACCUCUCACACGUCCUGCACGAAGCUUGUUCCACGUCGCAAAGCCUAGAGCAACGGCUGAGCAUUGCCAGCGCCGACUUUUUUCCAGCAACAUCGACAGCUCCUCGGCCACUUCUAUUUCUAGGACAACAACCGGCUCAAAUAACGACAAUGCGGAGGAGCUGACAUCAAUGAAGGCCGAGGAAGUGGUGGUGGAGGAGGCUUUCGUGGAGGAGACCAUCAUAGAAGAGACUAGGACUCAAGACGGUACAAUAUCACCAGAAGCAGAGGCGGAAUCCGCCCUGGAAUCCGAAGACCCAGACGCAACCCCCUGGUACCUCGAGGUCGAGCCGCCGCGCCACCCGACCCUCGUCCCGCACGACAUCCCGCUACCCCCCACACCGGCCGACUCCCCAGCGCUGGUCGGGCCGCUGAUCAAGUUCGUGGCUGAAGACCUGGGCGUGGACGACUUUAACGUGCUGGACCUGCGGACCGUCGAGCCGCCGCCCGCUCUGGGCCCCAAGCUCAUCAUGAUGUUCGGCACGGCGCGAAGCGAGCGUCACCUGCACGUGUCGGCGGACCGGCUGGUGCGGUGGCUGCGGGGCCACGGCGUCACGGCGCACGCCGACGGCCUGCUGGGGCGCAACGAGCUCAAGACCAAGAUGCGGCGGCGCGCGCGCAAGGCAAAGCUCAUGGGCGACACCGCCUGGGACAAGGGCGACGACGGCAUCAGCACCGGCUGGAUCUGCGUGAACCUUGGCACGAUUGGGUGGAAGCCCAUGGCGCCCGAGGACGAGGUCGUCCGAACCGACGCAGAGGGUCGCAUCACCGGCUUCGGCACACCGAUUGAGGGGACUACUUUGGUCGUGCAGCUGAUGACUGAGGGCAAGAGGGAGGAGCUAGGGCUCGAAAGGUUGUGGAACGGUGUGCUCAAGAAAAGCGACAGAGACAGGGCCGAGAUUGCUGCUGCUCAGAAUGUCGAGGACGUGCCAUACUUCCCGCCUCAUAUAAAGCGAGGAAAGCGUGGCCGCCGUGCUUGAUGCUCCAAUAAGAGGAAUUGAGUGCAUCGUUUGUACAUUUUGUAAUAUAAGAGCCGUAGCCAGGUCGAGGUUUGAGCUCAAUGUAUGGAUAACUUUGGUAUAUAUCAACGGCGGACUGCAUUACAUAUCUCGUGUGAUGUUAACGUGUCGACUGGCCUAAUAAUAUGAGCUUGUGGAGUAAUACCCAUCCAGCGAGGAAUCUCAAUGCUACACUGGAAUACAGACACUUGAACAUGGCC